AUGAAUUCACCUUUUCAGCACGAUAUUGUAGACCUGCUCUCGAACCCUCCUCCGACCACGCAUGAUCAAACAAAAGCGAAUGGAUUAUUGCAAGCCUUUGAUCAUGAAGUAAUAUUCAAUUGUAAACACUUUCAAAACGAUGUCGUUUAUUCAAAUUAUGAAUUUUAUAUGCAGAGCUUGAAAUCUGCUACUCUUCUCUUGCUUCCUUCCAAUCCCGUUGAUUCAUCACACAAACUGCUUCAUUUAGAUUUGACCGGAAAAAUUAAUGAUGCCACGAUUCACAACCUCAAAGUUAAUGCCAACUUGGCAAAAUUCAACACCAGUGGAGAACUGGUCGUGUUACAAGCUCCGUAUCCAACUAAAGCAAUGCAAGUAUUUAAUAUCGUUCAAAAAACAAAAGUGCUCAACAUUGACGAUCAUGAAAUAGUUUUUAUUGACUGGCUUUCCAAUGAUACUAUAGGCUAUGUGAAAGAUGGAUCUGUACAUGUACAGAAGCUAGAUCAAACGACAGAGCCCGAAAAAGUGUUUUCCGUUGCAGAAGAUUUUCUAUCAGGAGUAUCUCCUCACAAGGGAAUUAUUAAAUUGGAACAUGAUGCUCAUGAUGAUUUUUUCGCAAUCUUGGGAAGAACAGACGGUGGUGAUCAAAUUGCAAAAAUAUACUCGAAAAAGCGCAACAUCUCUCGAACUAUACGUUCAAGCGUUGGAGGAUUCACAUUUGUGACACUUAAAGAUGAUAAUAGCUCAACGGAUAGUGUUAAAUCCUAUAUUGUGAUAACCACAGGAAAUAAUAUUUUGUUUUCAGACCCAGCAGACCGACAAAGAGUUCAUCUCGAAACAGAAGAACCGACCGCUCAACUCUCAGUUCACUUUCUGAAAAAGUACAAACUUGUGAUAAUACUUUCAACGAAUGGAACAUGUUACAUUUAUGAUGCAAAACGAAAGACUCAGAUUAUACAUGAAAUAAUUUAUGAUAAGUCCCAACAACAGGUUGAAAAUUCCUUUGUUGUGGAUGAAGAGUAUUUGAUCAUUCAUGACACUAUGGGAGAAAUUGUGAAAUAUUCAGUGAAACCUGAUUUCAUGUACAAUUAUUAUUUGAAACUGGCAGAUGCAGAGAUGAUUCAUUUAUGGAAGACAGAACUAUCCAAGAAAGGAAUUACUCAUGUUUUACUCUCUGAAUGUGUCAGUCCUUUGUCAAGACCUUUAAAAAAGUAUAAUAGAGACCUGAAAGGAUCUAUACAUGUGUUUUCUCCAUUGAUUUCUCAUUACUUUCCAAAUUUUUAUGAAAAAGUGAUAUUGAGAAAUGCUGAACUUUCAUCAAGUGAAGUUCAAGUUGUUGAACAAUUAAUAUCAUACAUGAUUUACGGAGGAGACGAUGUGAAAAUCAAUACGGAAUCUAUUUUAGAAUGGUCAUUUAUUGCACAACAAUGUGGAGAAGAAUUUUCAAAAUUGAAAAAUAUGCUUAAAUUAUUGUUUUUAAAGACCAUUCAUGAAUCAGUUGAUCCCUUUCAAUUGGUGACUCAAAUUGAAGGGUUGAUAUCCAAACAUCGGAAUGACAAUGAAGAUAAUAAUAUCCUUAAUUACUCAAUUGUUAACGAGCAAGCAAAAUCAGUGACCAUGUCUCUCAAGUUCUUGAUGAACGACACGAAUUCUAGCGAUAUAACUGUUGAAGCAUUUGGAAAGGGGUAUCAUCUGCACAGAACUGUGAUUUCAAGUGUGAGUGAAUUUUUCCAAAUCAUGAUGGAUGAGGAAGGUGCCUUUAAUGAGAGCAAAAAUAAUGUUUUAUCGUUACUUGAUCAUGAAAGCAUGUCAAAAAGGGAUACAGAGAUUAUGAAUGAAGAAGACAAGAGAGAAUCUUUCGAAAUAUUGCUGGAAUUCACUUAUUCAUCAUUUGAAGAACGCGCACCUUCAUUUUCACGGCCAAUGGAUGAUAUUUUCGAGCUCUUGUUCCCAAAACCAUCCAUUGAUUCACAUACCAAUUUGAGACAGUUCAUCAUUGCCUAUGACAUGGCAGACUUGUAUCAAUUUAAUUCACAUAUUCGAUCAAAAGUAGUGACCAUGAUUGAACAAAAUUUGACAGUUGAAACAUUUUUACAGGUUGUUGAAUGGAGCAAAUCCUUUGCAGAAGAAGAGGGAAACGAAAAUGAAUUGCAGAAUUGCUUGAUUGAUUUUGCAUCGAGACAUAUCAAAAACAUUUUGGCACAUUAUUCCAAUGAAAAGCUUGGAGAACAUGGAGAAUUGUUGGCUAAAAUUUUGAGAAAACUCUUCGUGCGUUAG